AUGCUACAAUUGAGUCUUUUUUGGAGGAGGAAACGUAUUUUCAACUUCACUGAAACGUCCUGCCGACCCGAGGAAAACGGAGAAAGGUAAGUUUAUUGUUUAAGUGGUAUGUUUUAUCACUCAAACUGUGUACAACGUCUUGAUUUUCAAUUAUUUAAAUGUUGUUGAGUUUUAUGUAAGCUUAGGCUUAGUUUUUCUGUUUCUUGCCAGGUUGUGAAUUUCUGACUGUACUGCCUCCUAAUGACGGAGUGAUGCAUGUAGCGACUCAGAGACCUCCUUAUUUUUUAUUUUUUUUUCAAAACAUUCCUCACCGUGACACCUUCUAUUAAAAUAAGUUACCUGUUUACUACAAAACUAGGGAAGAAUUGGAGUCGGUAAACGUCUGGGUGCUUUCCUAACGGAUGCGGUUCACUGUAAUAAAUUUAUAAUAAAUGCUCAAGGGAGGACCCACCAUAUACAUGUACUUGACUUACGGUAAUCACUUUUUUGCUGGUUAUUUAAUACAUGUAAAUGUAGUCCAUAGUAUAAGCAAACACUAAAUCUGCAUCCACAACUAAAGGGAACGCAAUAAUAGCCUAUUUCACAGUCACAGUCGAGGCUGGAAUUCACCUCGUUUUGAUACAACCCCUCCUUCUUUAUUAUGUAGAUCAUGUUGUUCUUAUGCAAAUAUUUUUUUUUCAACAAAAUUUUACAUUUAUAAAAAAAGGAAGGAAGUUUAAUCGUAUCAACCUCAGCCUCACAUUCGCUCAAAGACUAUGACACAGCGUGCAAAGAAAGUCGUGUCUGUUAGCCCAGGGCUAGUGGAUUUUGCUAUCAGGCUAGUGAUUUUUUUUAACGUGCCCCACGGGCAAGUGCUUUUUUGGGGGGAAAUUCAAAUAAUUUACAGAAGGAUUGUAAUCAAUCCUGCUAAUCAAAAAGGGUUUUGGGCUAGUUGAAAUGACUUGUGGGCUAGUACAUGCCAGCUACUGCUUGCCCGAAUGGCAGGCUGUAAAAUGGAGUUUCUUUGCACCCUGAUGACACCCAGCCCACAACUGUAAAAUGGCCUGUUGGUCUUGAAUGUACAUACUGUAAGUCAUUCUGGAUGUCAUUCUUUCAGCAAUAAAAUCAUUGUGUUUUCCCUUCAGUGUUCUACCAUCUAUCUAUUUCCAUUAAUAAUAUUAUUAUUUCAUUUUACCUUCCCUUUCAACAAUAAUAUUAAUGUGCACCAGUUAUCAUGAUAUACCUCUUUAAUAACUUUUAGUACUUGAUACAGAUUUAGUAACACCAAGGUCUGCAUUGCUCAGGGUAGUGGGUAAAUCAGAUAAUGAUACAGAAAAAAACUUAUAAUGGCUGAAGAAAGAGAGUUUCUGUAUGAAUUUUUUAUGAAUGGUUACAUCGUAUACAAAAAUUCUGUUCUUCCUAUUUUUUAUCAGAUGUUUACCAGACCCAAAGUUUUAGUUUGUAUAAAAAGACAAUAUGUGAAUUACACUCUGAAAAAUUUUUGCAUAGUAUGAAUAUUUAUUAUUGUGCUUUGUCACAUUAUCUAAAAAGACAUGUGACAAAUAAGCAGCUGAACAUCAUGCAUUUUUGCUGAAGAAGCCUUGAUGAUAAGAGUCUCAGCUCUUUGUUAGAGCUGAGAAAAAGUGUAUUUUCUAUGCAUGUCUGCAAAUAUUGUAAACACUAUAUGCCUGAAAGUGUAUGGUUAUGACUAUGGCAUGAUCUGUUUUGAUACAAGACUCUGAUAUUUUACUCAAGAUGAAGGAAAUAUUUUUCAGCAUUCAAAACAUAAAGGAUGUGUGUAGAAAGUUUGACUGUAUACUGUAUCUUGAAGGCAAGAGUCUAAAAUAAUUCCACACAGAAUAAGGCUGUGCUUGCAAUUGUGCUUGCAAAUUAUUGUUUUAAGACUUCAUACUUACAUUUUUGUGCAUCCAAGUGGAAAAUAUGGCAGCUGGCAGCUCAUCAUGAAUAUAAUGUGCUGUUUUUCAUAGUCCUGGGAGCAGCUACUCAACAACAUUUUACAAGGGGUGGUUUCGCCCCAAGUUGCCUACAUUUCUCUGCACCCUUUGAGGUUGUGCAAACACAUAGACCAAACCCAAGGUCCAAUGUCUUACCCCUUUAUUGCUGACAGGAAAGGUGUCCCUUUUCUCUCUUUCCCCCCUCCCCAUGUUCAAACUAUUUCUUUACAAAAAAAAAUUCUAGCCACUUGAUGAAAAAAAGGAUAUGCCCUCCCCAAACACCCAACCCAUAAGGACAGACCAGUAGUAGAAAUCAGAAAUCAGAGUGGGCUGUGAUGUUGUAUAUCUAUCUUUAGCAAUGAUAGUAUCCACUUCAUUGUACAUACACUGUAUAUACUGCACCUACUACUAACUAGUGCUCCACAUUGUGCAGUGAAGCUGGUGCCGAAUGCUUCUCACUCCCAGUGUUAGUUUGCAGAUUAUUUAAAUUUUUGCUGAUUACUUUAGACUCUUGCAGCAGACUAAGCUGGGAAAGGGAUACUGUUGUUUACUGUUGGGUGGUUGUAACAUACAAGUGGGCCUAUCACUAGAGGGCCUUAUUAGCCAGGGUGCUUAG